AUGGAAGCAAAUGGAACCAGUUUCUCCAAAGAGCGGUCCCUCGCCCGGAUCAAAAGGCUUCACGGAAUUCUGCGAGAGAAUGGCUAUGAUCGAGAUGAUACAAUGCUGGGAAAUGUUCUUGUCCAGGCAUAUGGGAACUGCGGGAACAUUGAGGAAUCUCGAUUCGUGUUUGGGAGGAUCCGGCACAGGAACAUCUUCUCGUGGACAAUCCUUCUUGUGGCAAAUGCCCAAAAUGGGCAUCUUGAGGACGCUAGGCUUGUCUUUGAUAGAAUGCCACAGAGGAAUCUUAUCGCAUCUAAUGCAAUCCUUGCGGCGUUUUGUAAGUCUGGGGAUUUUGAAUCAGCCGAAGAUAUGUUUGAGAAAAUGGAGACUAAAAACACUGUCACGUCGAACACAAUGCUUGCCGCAUAUGCCCAAAAUCGGCAUUUGGAUAAAACUCAAAAGUUCUUUGAUAUAAUAUUUGAUCGGGAUGCUUUUAGCUGGUCGAUUCUCGUCAAUGCUUUUGCACAAUGCGGCUAUAUGGAUCACGCAAAGAACAUUUUUGACCUGGCUCCACAGAGAGAUUCUUCCCUUUGGAACGCCGUCAUUGCGGGAUAUUCUAGAAAUGGAGAUUCCGCGUCUGCUUUGGCUACGUUUCAUGCAAUGGAUCUCCAGCCGGAUCAAAUUACUUUCGUUUCAGCAAUCGAUGCAUGUUCGACUGUCGAGGAAUUGGAAGAAGUUCGUGAAAAGUUGGCGAGCUUUGAUUUCAGCACGGCGGUUUACGUGGGAAACGCAUUAAUUGCGACGUAUGGAAAAUGUGGUCAGAGCAUUUGUGCUAGAGAUGUCUUUGAUCAAAUGCCGGCAAGGGAUGUUCAAACGUGGAAUACCAUUUUAGCGACAUAUGCCCAAGCAGGGCACAUGCGAAAUGCUCAAGACACCUUUGAGAGAAUGCCAUCUCGAGAUGUAGUAACGUUCAACUCCAUGGUGGCAGCUUUUUCUCAAGACCGCAAUCUUUCCAAGGCCAAAGAAAUCUUUGAUGAAUGUCCGUGUGUGAACUUACAGUCCUGGAAUGCUUUGCUCGCAGGAGUUGUAAACAAUGAGCUAGCAAAACAGGCCAUUACACUCUUUGUCUCGAUGGACUGUGAGGGCCUCCAGCCGAACAAGCUCACAUUCUUGGCUGCCCUAGAUGCUGCUGCGAUGCUAUGCUCAUUGUCUCUGAGUGAAAAGCUACACGACGAAGUCACAGUUCUUGGCUUCGAGUCAGACGUUUUCAUUGGAACAUCACUUGUGACCCUGUACGGAAGAUGCGGCAACGUACCGAAAGCAGCUGCGGUCUUUGAAACAAUGCGUUCGAGAAAUCUGGUAUCUUGGAACGCUAUGCUUGCAGCAUAUGCCCAUAAUGGGCACUGCAGGAAAGCCAUUGGGCUGCUGAAAACAAUGGACGUUUCGGGUGUUCGUCCCGAUAACGUCACCUUUGUGAGCGUUGCAGACGCUUGCUCCAACCUCGGAAGCCUGGCAACCUCUCGACUUGUUCACAAAACCAUGGCCGAAAGCGUGAUUGACAAAACAAACGACGUUACUCUUUGCAACUCACUCGUAAACAUGUAUGCAAAGUGUGGCAGCGCUCGAGAUGCGUGGAAGGUCUUCACAGCAAUGCCGAAGCGAAACGCCGUGACUUGGAACUCUAUAGUUGCAGCAUUUGCCCAGAACGAUCGGCCGCGCGAGGCUAUCCAUCUCUUCAACUUGAUGUGUCUGGAAGGUGGCGCUCCAAACGAAGUUACGCUCUUGAGCGUUCUCGCGGCUUGUAGUCACGCUGGGAUGGUCGGACGAGGCUGGAGUUUCUUCCAUUCCAUGAGAGAUGACUUUGGGGUGGCGCCCAAGAUGGAGCACUACGCGUGCCUGGCGGAUCAACUGGGCCGAGCUGGGCAUUUGAAAGAUGCUCAAGGGAUCAUUGAUAUCAUGCCUUACGAGCCCCACUCCAAUGCUCGAGUGGCGCUGCUAAGUUCCUGCGGUGUUCACGGCGAUGUUUCGAUUGGAAAGUGUGCGUUUGAUGAGCUCGUCGCUUUCGAUCCGGAGAACGGAGCUUCGUAUGUAUUGGCUUCCAACUUCAAAGACUAG